AUGAGUUACCGUUUUCCGAUUCAGUCGAUGCCUCAAUUCGACGUCACCGACUUAGAACAUGAAGCCAGUAUUGAAUUCAUGCAGGAAUUAUUGAAUCAUACGAUCCGGGAAUUUGAGUUCCAUUCCUAUCAUAAUCAUGGCAUUGUAGACACUAGACGUUGGAAAUCACAAACGCACCGUGAUGAUAUUGAGUUGUAUCGUGAACGCAAAGUCGGUGUAACGGGGGGUACGUUGUUCAAUUCAGCACGUCAUUGUCGACUUGAUUUACCUCUUUUUUCAUCGACAGUCAAGACAUUGGCAUCCCCUACCAUGCUACUUACAGGAUAUGGUCACGGACGUGUGGAGAACGCAAUGAGUGCAGUCGUGACCGAAAGUCAGCAUGAUUUGGCUCUUGCAGUGAAAUUCAAGCACCACGACGUAGCCGACUGUGCUAUUCUUAAAACGUUGGAACCACCGACGGAAUCCGAGCCCUUCCAUUAUCUCGGGUUUAAGUUCUUCGCUCGAAAGUCUCCGACCGAAGGACAUUUGUUCAAACACCGACAUAGUGUCUACCUCGAGUUUAGCGGCAUAACUGAAUCCAGCACAGGAGAACAGAUCGGCUUUCAUUUGAUGCAUUCAGUUGAGCUUCCAAUGUUCCCUGACUUGAGUGAUUACAACUCGAUCCGUGCACUGCAGUCAACGCGGUACAUUUACCGACAAAAGACCAACAAGACGGUCGAGGUCUUUAUGCUGGGGAACAUGGACCUCUCUGGUCACAUUUUUAAACCGUUAGCCAACAAGUUUACGGUUGAUGUAUUCUUUGGUGUCACGCGGCUACUGGAGUUGGCCAAAGUGCGUCGUCUGUCGCAGAUGGCGUACAAGCAGCGAUGUUUCGGUGCCAAUACCGCAGUUCUAGGCGGUACACCGGCGUGCAACGUGUGUACUCGUACUGCUACCAAGCAUAAAUUGUUGCGCUGUCACUUGUGCGGAGAGGAUACGUGCAAGAAGUGUACAAUCACCAAGUCCGUGUUUGUAAGUGACAAGUCUGGUAUCCUCGGAGACUUUGUAAAGGUGCCGGCAUGCAGGGCUUGUGUGCGGCGAGCCAACACAGGUACUUUAAUGCCACGCGUGCUACGCACUCCUGACAGUGAUCUCCGGUUUGACUUGUACAGGCCAAAGCCUAGUAAAACGUGGAGCAAACCUCAAGGUGCCGAUCAAAUGCUUGCGUCAGAGAGAUGCCGCGACACGUUCCCGUCCGAUUCGACUCCUAUCCUUGAUUUCACUCACCACAAGUCAAGUUUACCGACAACGUCAAAGCUCUGCCAGCAGGAGAAGGAGGAGAAUAUCAUUGACCCGUUCCUUGAAAGCUCUCAAAGGACAAAGCACAUCACAGGUGAAAAGUCUCAUUUCAAUCAAAGUUCUGAGCAUGCUGAAGUCUAUCCGAUCCGACUUCAGCCCCGCUCGCGUGUCUCGAUUCUAGCUCCGGUCGACACUGAUCUCUACAGCACACUGCCCCGCAAGACAAGACCAAGCAUGGACCCACAAAUGUCAGCAGACAUGCCGUCAGCAGAACGUGCGGUAAUGAACCGCCUGACUGAGUUAAGCAAGAUGGCAGAGGAUACGUUCGCGACAGCACGUCGGAAUGGCAUUUAUUGUGAGCAGCACUGGCAAAAGGAGUUUCAGAUGGAAAUCGAUGCAAAUCGCUCUCAAGUUCGUCGAUUCGUCCUAAUCUCGGAAAUUGAGGUUAAAUCAGAUGUAGAGUAG